GGAAUUUGAAUCCUGUUUGAAGGGGGAGAGGGAAAAGAAAAAGCCAGGGGAAUGUCUGAGGGAGUCUGAGGGAACCGGUGGGCAGGAGAGAGACUUUUGACGAAAGGGUGCAGGAAACACUGGUUUAAAAAUACUCCCUCAGUUGCUAGAAAUAGACUUGGACAAUAAAUCCGCAGCCGUAAAGUUUGGUGCGCCUUUUCUGCGCGUUUUGGUGGUAUUGGGAUCAACCAAAACAACAGCGUUUAAGGAGAAAAGCAACAAGACUUUUAAGCAGAGCGGAGAAUAUUUCUUUUUUACACUCUGUCUAGUCAAAAAAAAAAAAAGGGAACAGAAACGAAGGGUUCCGGUUUACUUUGGUCUCAUCUGUGGAUAAUCACACUUUCAGCAUCUAUCGGAGUCAGAAAAACUUUUUCACCGCACAACUUUGGAUGUUUGGAGCUGUUGAGAUGCGGUGAUGGAGUCCGGUGGUGUUCCCAAGAUGACUGCUCUUCUUAUGAAGCACAUUUUCAGAGGUGAUCUCCUUUCAAGAAAAACCAUGAGCGGGUCUAAAUGGUCGUUUUUUAUCGUCACCGUCUUUUUUUCUGCAUGGAGGCCAGUAACCGCCGGCAUACUGACAGAAUUGGAGUUUGAGCGGAGUCCCAGUAAUGUCAUCUCUUCGCUGGGCAAACCUGUUAAGAUGCAUUGCUCCCUGAAGGGUACGGGGGGCGAGGAAGAAGACCCCCCUGAUGUGGUCUGGCUGAGAGACGGUGUGCCACUUCAGUACGCAGACACCAACCAGUUCCAAGUCCACACUGGCAGCAACAGUUGGACAAUCAUGAGCAUGCUCAGUAUUGAAAAGGUCCAGCUACCCGACAUGGGCUCCUAUCAAUGUGCUGUUCUGUCAGAAAGCCACCAGACUAUGUCUGAGGAGGGGAGCAUUCAGCUGGAGGGCCUUCCUCAUUUCUCUGUGGAGCCCCAACACAUGUCUAUAGUGGCCAACAUAUCGCUGAGCCUGAGCUGUGUGGCCCACGGACCUCCAGAGCCAGUCAGGGUCAUCUGGCUGCAGGACGGUGCUCAGCUCAACUCCCUCAAAGACCCGGUGGCUCUGUCACCCUCCACACUCAACCUCACAGGUUUGAACAGGACCAGCACUUUUUCUUGCGAGGCCCAUAACCGCAAAGGUGUGGCCACCUCAGGAUCUGGUACCAUCACUGUUCUCCCAUCCCAGCCUCAGAAUCUGAGAGCUCAAGAGACCACUCCGACCAGUCUCCGUAUAUCAUGGCAGCCUGGUUUUGGAGGCGACUACCCAAUAAUACGUUGCUCUGUUCAGGCCAAACAUUCAGGAGAGUCCUUCACAGAAGGCCCAGAUAGGCUGAUCCACAACCAGAAUGUGAACAUCCCACCAGCCUCGCACCUCAUCGGGGACCUGGAGCCCCACAGCCUCUAUGCUGUCAGGGUGGCCUGUCACAGCAGCCAGGGCCCAUCUGACUGGUCGCCCUGGGUGGAGCUACGCACCAAAGAAGGAGUGCCAGAAAACUCACCUGUGAACGUGAGCGCGGUGCUAAACGGGACUGAGGUGCUGGUGAUGUGGGAGGGACCUCCUGGGAAGCUGAAUGGAGAACUACAAGGCUACGUGGUGGAGUACAGCACACCUGCCGCACAGCAGCAUGUUGUGGACACUGGAUUGGACACCGAGCUCUCAAUUAAUCUGUCUGUCCCCCUGUCCAAUGUGUCUUUUCGAGUGUGUGCCUAUACAGGGGCGGGGCCAGGACCCUGGACCCCCACUCAGACCCUGACACUUAUUGCUCCUGAAAUGGAGGAAUUUAAAGGUCCAUCAUCGCCCCCAGCCUUUUCCUGGCACUGGUGGUAUGUGGUGAUGGCCAUUGCCGGCGCUGUGUCCAUAGCUGUGCUCUUUGCUGUUUAUGUGGCCAAGCUGCGGCGUAAGGAGACGCGCUUUGGAGAGGCGUUUGAACCCAUGAUGGAGAGCGGAGAGCUAGUUGUCAGGUAUCGCGCUCGCCGCACCUACAGCCGCAGGACUACAGAAGCAACAUUGAACAGUCUGGGCAUCAGCGACGAGCUGAAGCAGAAGCUCCAAGACGUGAUGGUGGACAGACAUAAACUAACCCUGGGAAAGACCCUGGGUGAAGGGGAGUUUGGCUCUGUGAUGGAAGGGCUGCUGACUCAGGAGGAGUCUGCUCUCAAAGUUGCUGUCAAGACUAUGAAGAUUGCCAUCUGUACCCGCUCAGAGAUGGAAGAUUUUCUCCGUGAGGCUGCCUGCAUGAAAGAGUUUGACCACCGCAAUGUCAUGAGGCUUCUAGGUGUGUGUCUGCAGACUGUGGAGAGUGAAGGUUACCCCUCCCCGGUGGUCAUUCUGCCUUAUAUGAAACACGGAGACCUGCACAGCUAUCUGCUAUACUCAAGGCUGGGAGACUCUCCUGUGUACCUCCCGUCUCAAAUGCUGGUAAAGUUUAUGACUGAUAUUGCCCGAGGGAUGGAAUACCUCAGCAACAAGAACUUCAUCCACAGAGACCUCGCCGCUCGCAACUGCAUGCUGAAUGAGAACAUGAACGUAUGUGUGGCCGACUUUGGCCUCUCCAAGAAGAUCUACAAUGGAGACUACUACAGGCAGGGGCGAAUCUCAAAGAUGCCCGUCAAAUGGAUCGCUAUUGAAAGCUUGGCUGAUCGCGUCUACACCACCAAAAGUGACGUGUGGUCGUUUGGAGUCACAAUGUGGGAGAUCGCCACGCGGGGCCAGACUCCGUACCCUGGGGUCGAAAACAGUGAGAUUUAUGAUUACUUGAGACAGGGAAACCGUCUCAAACAGCCUCCAGACUGUCUGGACAGCAUAUACGCCCUGAUGUUCUCCUGCUGGCUGCUGAGCCCCAAGGAUCGCCCAUCAUUUGAGGCCCUGCGCUGCGAGCUGGAAAAAGCCCUUGAGGAUCUGCCGGACACCCAGGACCCAGACGAGAUCUUGUACGUCAACAUGGACGAGUCUUCUAUGGAGCUAGGGGCCGUUGGUGGCCGUGACCCCAUUGGGGGGCCGUCCCCUCUCUGCCUGAAGGCCCUGGACUCUGUGACCACAGUGGAGGUCCACCACCCCAACCGCUACGUCCUCUGUCCCCAACACGAGACCAACCGAGCCCUCUCGGACUCCCUGGAGAGCCUGGACAUGCCGGUGUCGUCUUCCACAGCUACGCUGCCUCUACAACCAUCCUGCCACUCCACUCCCAACCCCACACCAGCUCCCACCCCAACUGUUGAGCUGCUGGAGGACAGGGAAGGGUCUAGAAAAAUGCCCUGGCAGUGAUGGCUUCACUUUUGUUUUUUAAAUGGCAAGACUUUUCACUGCCAAAGUGUGCCUCCUUUAUCCCCAGUCCAAGAACGAGAUCCAGCCUCUUGCUACUGACUGCAUAAUAUCUACAUACAUAUUUUGCACAAAUUCUCUCUCUCACACACACACACACACACACACACACACAGCCGAAGGCAUUCCAAGGAAGUGAAGGAUUGGGAUUCUUUGUCAACCCUUCUGAAAUGAGCACGUUUCCAAGCGAGUGUAAAAGUUAUUGUAUGAUUAGCGUAGCAGGAUGAACACUGUUACCAACGAUAGACAGUGGGUGAAGAAGUUUAGCGCACGUUACCCUCAUAUACACUGCAGCACAAUCAGAGAAUCUAAUUCCAAGUCCAUAUAGCAUUAAAUACCAUAACUACCUGUAUACAACAGAUCGAUCCCCUUCACGCGACUAAGCUAAACAAUCUCAGUGAAACCAGCUUAGACACUGCCAGGCUGAAUCUACAACCAAACAAACUCAGGAGCUUGAACUUGCGAGUAAAGGGCUAACGUGGAGGACUCGCACCAGCUGAGAUAGUGCUCCUCUGACGGAGAAACCUCACCCAUCUGAAAUCCCUGCUCCUGUGCAGAAAUAACCAGAGGACAGUUGGGAAAGAACGAGAAAAAUCAGCAGCAGUGCCUCUUUCACUGAAGGUAUCAUCUGAUGAAGACGACUAGCUGCUUUAUGGUUAUACUGAUACAGUUUAUGAAGGACAAUAAGACGAGUUAAAACUAAAAUCGCCAACAAGGAUGGGCUUCUUUUUCUUUUUUUUUCUUUUUUUAGAAUUAAAAGAGACCAAAAUUUGCAGAGAAAAUGAAAUUACACUGCAGGCUUUAGAUAAUUUCACGUGAAGUCGUUUUAAAUGAAGAAAAUCCAUCUUAUUGAUCCAUUGUAUGAUAGCCUAAUGUAGCGCUCUAACAACCCCUGCAUCCUCUCAAGUGGUCGUACUGCUAGUUGUGCAUUAAGCACCAUGAGCCAUUUACAGUUCACACAAGACAUCUCUUUCCUCACUAACAGGUGAGACACCUGUGAAAGUCCUGAACUAAUCUAUACAUCGUUGUCAUAACUCAGGAAACUGGAGACUUGUCAACAGUGACAGAGGUACUGGUCAAAUCAAGAGGGUACAAAUAAUCAGAGGCAGGUGGAUGGACUGAGGGUAGGUACGGACAUGAUGGAGUUACCCGAGGCAAAUAAGCUCCUCACCUUUGCUUUUGGCUCAAGCACAGUGUUAUUACACAUUUUGUAAAAAAAAUAAAAAUAAAUAAUUAUGCUGAUUUUUUUUUCUACAACUUUGCACUAAUGUUUUUUUUUUUUUUUUAUAUCAUUGUAUGUUUGUUUAUAAUUUGUAUAUCUUUUACCCCUUUUCAUUUUGUGUUUUAAUUACUUUCUGGACAGUCAUCCUGCAGACGCCUCUAAUAAGAAUCUGUCCACAUGUAACAACUUGCAUAUUCAUAAAGGCAGAGAACAUAGCCUGUGAAAUCAUUGCAGGGCAUCCAAAUCCAGUCGAUGGAGUGUUUUCCGUAAAUGAGCAAAGAGACUGGGAAACAUGACUAACCUCGUCAUCUGACAUCAUCCUGCCACACUCUUAUUCUGGGAUAUUUUAGUUACUUGAGGUUUAGCACUGUAAAUAGAAGUCUGGUACCAGCAGAAUCCAGGAGGAGACAGAAAGCAAAGCGUGUGUUCAUCCAAACCUCUGCUUCGAGGUCCACUAGCUGCAACUUUGCAUCAUGCAUGCACUUAUUUUUUUAUAUAUAUAUAUAUAUAUAUAUAUAUAUUUGCUUUAGUUCAUCAUUUUGUCUUUAGAAUGGACCAUAUUCCAACACACAUUUUGGGAGAACAUUUGUUGAAAUGAGGCGCUGUGUUUCUCAGAUGUAUGCAUCAAAGGUACUUAUAUAUGAAACAGUAUACAGUUAUCCUUUAUACCUGUAGCAUUACUGAAAUUCCUUGUUAAGAUGAAAUGUACAUUUCUUGCUAUACAUUUGGUACUGUAUGCUCAUUGAGUGAUAGUCCUCCAUUGUUUGUGAACUACAGAAAGUGGUGCUGAGACUGAGGCACUCGUCUAAUUUGGUCUGUACAAAUAUUUUACCAAUUUGAAAGCAGAUAGAUACACCAGCAGUGUGUUACACCAACUAGUGUGUUUGAAACAUUUUGGUCUUUGGACAAAAAGAAAAACUGAUCCUCCGAGGGGAUUCCAGCAAAAACUGAAUCUCCUUCUUUGUGAUUACAGUCAGUUCAGCCUUAAAUCUUUACCUUCAGUGCCUUCAGAGAGCCAGUAUUUUGCAUUACAGUAAAUGUGUGUGUGGAUUGUGAUUCUCCUGAUGUGUUGAAUUGGGAGAAGACUGUACUAUAAUUGCCUUUAUAUUGUCAUGAUUUGUAAACAAAGUUUUAUACAGUACCUGCAGUAUUUUGUAUAAGAAAUAAAUGUGUUCAUCGUGAA